CCGUUCUUGUGAGCCGAUUCGACGGCAUGAUGCAGCUCGACAGAUGGCCAUUGAGGAUCCACAUGAGGUGAUUAUGGCCGGAACCGCAGACGGUAUAUAUGUUCAACUUGACUUUUUCGAUAGAGACGUCGCCCGCCCGAUUCGUUGAUAUCUGAGGAUUUACUACAGGAGCGAAACGUCUCCGAGCCGUUUGCUCAACCAUGGCCAAAGACAAGACCACAACCGACGCAAAGCCUGUGUCAAGUUCAGGAGAUGCUGUACCGCCCAAGUUGCCGGCACGGUACGCCGACGAAAGCUACAAGCUCUUUUCGAAAGUCCAGGCCGACGAGCCAACAGAAGCCGAGGCUAAGAUCAUCCGGAACAAAUGCGUGCGAUGGGUGCUGCCAUUCCUUUGCGUGGGCUAUCACUUGAUGUAUGUCGACAAGCAAACUCUGGGCAAUUCUUCGAUUCUGGGAAUUAUGGAGGACGCGAAUCUCAACAGCACACAGUACAACUGGUUAUCCAGCGUGUUCUACGUGGGCUAUCUUCUCGCUGAGUUGCCUCAGAACUGGGCGUUGCAGAGGUUUCCGGUUGCUCGAUGGCUUUCGAUCAACCUGGUUGUCUGGGGAGGCAUACUGCUCUUGCACAUUCCUUGUCAGAACUUUGCAUCGCUGUUCGUGGUUCGCUUCCUCCUUGGGGUGACGGAAGCAUGCAUUGUGCCAGCAUUUCUGCUUAUCUUGAACAUGUAUUUCACCUACGACGAACAGUCAUGGCUUAUGCCCUGUAUGUGGGCGAUCGGAAACAGCAGUCCGAUCACCAGUGGGCUGCUGUCGUACGGAGUGCUCUGGAUCAAUACUGGCGACUUCAAUCCUUGGAAGUGGUUCAUGGUCAUCACCGGUAGUCUCACCCUUCUUUUCGGUGCGGCUGUGUGGCUAUGGCUACCUGAUAACCCUCUCGGAGCACGCUUCCUGACCAUGGAGGAGAAAGCCCAGGCCGUACUGCGCAUCAAAAGUAACCACUCUGGCAUCGAGCAGAAGCACUUCAAAAAACACCAAUUCGUGGAAGCCAUGAAAGAUCCAAAGACUUGGCUAUUCUUUUUGCACGCAUGGUCACAAGAAAUGGCAAAUGGCCUAACCAAUCAGUACUCGCUGAUUAUCAAAUCUUUCGGCUUCUCCACUUUACAAACUACCCUACUUGGAUGUGUCAACGGCCUGACCGCAUUCGUGUCGUUGACUACGGCAGCCAUCAUAUUGGCCAAGACUACCAACUUCCGAGCAUGGUUGUCGAUUGCGGCCUAUAUCCCUCCGAUUAUUUCCUGCAUUCUGCUACUUUCAUUACCAUGGAGCAAUCGAUGGGGCCUUCUGACGGCAAUCUGGAUCAGGGCCACUGGCGGAAUUCCAUACAGCGUGGUGAUGAUCUGGGCCGCGAAUUGCUCCGCGGGGCAUACCAAGAAGACGACUGUGAUCGCUUUGUACCAUGUUGGAUACGGCCUCGGCAACAUUUUGAGCCCGCAGCUGUUCCAACCUCAGUACAAGCCAAGGUACAUUGUAACGUGGGCCGUCAUCUUGGGAGUUGCAUGCGUCUUCCCAAUGUUUCUGGUUGUGUAUCUGCGGUGGUAUCUGAAGCGGGAGAAUGCACGAAGAGAUGCUUUGCAGGCUCAAGGAUUGAUCAGUGAAGUCGGAAUCGUUGAACAUUCUGAUGGUGAUGCCUCGGAAGAGGUCGUUGACGCACGACAAUUGGACUUGACAGAUAGAGAGAAUCUGGCGUUUCGAUAUGUACUCUAGCGUAGUGCUUCAGUAUUAAACGCUCCAGAUGUUUCUGUGCCGAGUC